GCGGCCUCCCACUUCCGCUUCCGGUGCGGGCAGCGCGCGGGCGCAGAGGUGGGAGGCGGCGACGAGCCGGUCGAGGAGGCCUCGGGCUCGGCCUCACCACGAUGUGGCACGAGGCUCGGAAGCAUGAGCGGAAGCUUCGAGGCAUGAUGGUGGACUACAAGAAGAGGGCAGAGCGGAGGCGGGAGUACUACGAAAAGAUCAAGAAGGACCCGGCCCAGUUCCUGCAGGUGCACGGCCGAGCUUGCAAGGUGCACCUGGACUCCGCAGUCGCCCUGGCCGCCGAGAGCCCUGUUAACAUGAUGCCCUGGCAGGGGGACACCAACAACAUGAUCGACCGCUUCGACGUCCGCGCCCACCUGGACCACAUCCCUGACUACACCCCGCCGCUGCUCACCACCAUCUCCCCGGAACAGGAGUCGGACGAACGGAAAUGUAACUACGAGCGCUACCGCGGCCUGGUGCAGAACGACUUUGCUGGCAUCUCUGAGGAGCAGUGCCUGUACCAGAUCUACAUCGACGAGCUGUACGGAGGCCUCCAGAGACCCAGCGAGGACGAGAAGAAGAAGCUGGCGGAGAAGAAGGCAUCCAUUGGCUACACGUAUGAGGACAGCACGGUGGCCGAGGUAGAGAAGGCAGCGGAGAAGCCAGAGGAGGAGGAGUCACCGGCCGAGGAGGAGAGCAACUCGGACGAAGAUGAGGUCAUCCCCGACAUCGACGUGGAGGUGGACGUGGACGAACUGAACCAGGAGCAGGUGGCCGACCUCAACAAACAGGCCACGACCUAUGGCAUGGCCGACGGCGACUUCGUCAGGAUGCUCCGGAAAGACAAGGAGGAGGCGGAGGCCAUCAAACACGCCAAGGCCCUGGAGGAGGAGAAGGCCAUGUACUCGGGCCGGCGCUCCCGGCGCCAGCGGAGGGAGUUCCGGGAGAAGCGGCUGAGGGGCCGUAAGAUCAGCCCACCCAGCUACGCCCGCCGAGACAGCCCCACCUACGACCCCUAUAAGCGGUCACCCUCGGAGUCCAGCUCUGAGUCCCGCUCCCGCUCCCGCUCCCCCACCCCGGGCCGCGAGGAGAAGAUCACCUUCAUCACCAGUUUUGGGGGCAGCGACGAGGAGGCCGCCGCAGCUGCGGCUGCAGCAGCCGCAUCAGGGGCCGCCCCAGGGAAGCCCCCCGCACCCCCCCAGCCCGGCGGCCCCGCACCGGGACGCAAUGCCAGCGCCCGCCGCCGCUCCUCCUCUUCCUCCUCCUCCUCCUCCUCCGCCUCGAGGACCUCCAGCUCGCGCUCCAGUUCCCGCUCCAGCUCCCGCUCGCGCCGUGGCGGGGGCUACUACCGCUCUGGCCGCCACGCCCGCUCCCGCUCACGCUCCUGGUCCCGCUCCCGCUCCCGCUCCCGGCGCUAUUCCCGGUCCCGCAGCCGUGGCCGGCGGCACUCCGCUGGGGGCUCCCGGGAUGGACACCGCUACUCCCGCUCGCCCGCCCGGCGGGGGGGGUACGGGCCCCGGCGCAGAAGCAGGAGCCGCUCCCGCUCAGGGGACCGGUACCGGCGGGGCGGCCGUGGCCCCCGGCACCACAGCAGCAGCCGCAGCCGCAGCAGUUGGUCCCUCAGCCCGUCUCGUAGUCGCAGCCUGACUCGGAGCCGCAGCCCCAGCCAGAGCCGCAGCCGCAGCCAGAGCCGCAGCCGCAGCCGCAGCCAGAGUCACUCGCCAUCACCCCCAAGGGAGAAGCCGACCAGGCCGGCGGCGUCCCCUGCUGUGGGCGAGAAGCUGAAAAAGACCGAACCUGCCGCUGGUAAAGAGACAGGAGCUGCCAAACCCAAGCUGACGCCGCAGGAGAAGCUGAAGCUGAGGAUGCAGAAGGCGCUGAACAGGCAGUUCAAGGCGGAUAAGAAAGCAGCGCAGGAGAAGAUGAUACAGCAGGAGCAUGAGCGCCAGGAGCGGGAAGACGAGCUUCGCGCCAUGGCCCGCAAGAUCCGGAUGAAGGAGCGGGAACGCCGAGAGAAGGAGAGGGAAGAAUGGGAGCGCCAGUACAGCAGGCAGAGCCGCUCGCCGUCCCCCCGAUACAGUCGCGAGUACAGCUCUUCCCGAAGGCGCUCAAGGUCCCGAUCCCGGAGCCCCCAUUACCGGCAUUAGACAGAAGCGCGGGCGCCGGGGGCUGAGGGGUGGGGCGAGGGCUCAAGAGUGAGGCUGCUGGUUCUCUCAUGAAAUAAAAUCACGUUAUUUAAUGCCC